GUACGCAUAGUAAGGCACAGUAAAUAAGAACAAAAGCAUUUUUGAGAUUAGAUUUGCUGAUAAAAAAAUCAGACCAUUCGAUUGUUCUUUCUGUAGUGCGUCACAGCGCGAGUCACUACAAUGGAUCUUAUUAAAAAACAAUUUCUGCAAUGGCACAAUAAUGUAGAAAGAAAAAUUUUGUGCCGAUCUUGUGGUAAGAAAUUGUUAGACAAAAUUUUUUCAUGUGAUGCUGGGCAUAACUGUUGCCAUUUAUGUAAAACAGAAUCAUGUACUAUGUGUCCAAAAGUAACUUCAUUUUUUCGGAAUCAUGUCGCUGAACUUUUGGUAUCGCAAUUCACUAACAUGAAGAGCUAUGCUGAAUCAUUUGAUGUCUCCACAAUAAAACAAAAAAAUGUUGGUAAUAAUUCUAACAAAGUAAAUAAAGCUACUGAGACUAUUGACGCUUGCUUAGUAACUGGGCAACAAUCUGUUAAUGCUACAAAACCUGACGAUAAAAUUAAACCAAAUGGAAGUCCAAUAAAUUCAUCGACUCUUUAUUCAUGUUGGAUAGGGGCCAGUUGCCACUUUAGAGGAACUUAUUCGGAUAUUCUAAAGCACAUGAAAAGUAGUCAUUCUGAAGUAUUUACUACACAUUUAUUUAAAGGAUGGCCUCAUGUGAUGACUUGGGAUUUAAAAUAUCAUGGAGCUAAUAUCCGUGAAGAUUAUGCUUUCGAGAUCCAAGGCAUUGGACUAUUUAUUCUACAUGUAAAUGUUACCAAUGAAGAACAUUUAAAAGCUCAUAUUUUAAUGUUUGAUAGUGGAAGAACGGCAGCUCAAUAUCGAUAUGACAUAGAAAUGAAAUGUGAUGAUAAAAAAAAAUCGUUCAGUGCCGAGGUUGACAGUAGCCGUAUACCACGAAGAAUGCUUAAUGAUCGGUCGAAAGGAUUGUUCAUCAAUGAAAAUUCAUUGUUACACAAUACAAUAAAAUUGAGAAUGAAUUAUAAGUGUAUAGUCGAGAUUAAUACGUCUAAAAAAACGUCUUUUGACGAUGGAAGUGGUCAAAGUACAGACACUGCUGUACUAAACAAACAACAGCAAAAAAAAAAUGAUUACCAAAAGCCCAAAUCAUUAAACAGAAAAAGUUUCAAACCAGUGCGAAAAAAUGGAAAUAAUUUAAAACAUAAAUCAAACAUUCCGGAAUUGCUAGAUCUUGAACUCACUAGUCCAUCAUUAACUCAGGUUAAACCUGCUGCAAAUCAAUCAUCAACCCUAUCACAAGCUCAACUCAUGCAAGCUUUAAUUGAUGCAAUGAGAGCUAAUGUUCAGAAAAUAAACACUCAACAAACUCCUCAAGUUCCUCAGCAUCAGUCGAUGGUAAAUAAUAAUUCAAGCAUGAAUAUGCGACCAUCUUCUUCACAAUCGCGCCCACAAGUAAUCAAAGAUGAGCAGAUUAAUCAACAAAUUAAGCCGAAGAAUACUAUCAAUGAUCAACAGUCAAGUAAAAUAAAUAGUCAAGCUUCUGCUGUUUCAACUCAGUCGUCUGCUGCACUUUUCGAUACUUCACUAAUCGCAGCUCUCUGUAUUUCUGAUGAUUCAAGUAAGCCUGAAGAUUCAAUUGUAGCUAGUCGACAGAUCCAGCAAGUAAAUUCAACACAAAUUGAAGAUAUUGAUCUCGAAAGUGCUUCAGUACAGAAUGGCGAUGAUUUGUCUCAAACAAAGUCUGAUGAAUGUCUUAUCAGUUAAUUCAAUUAUUAUGUCAUUUUAUUUUAUUUUUUAUUUUUCUUAUGACUAAAUAUUCAUUUGCUCAGUUUAAUAAUAAUCAAAAGUAUAUUAAUUACCUUUUUAUUUAAAUCGUAGGCAUAAAGUUAUGCAUUAAAAUUUUUUGAAAAUUAAUACAAUCAGUG